AUGGCCCACUACUUGGAACGUUUAAUUGUUAACGACGGCCGGUUUGAGAUUGUGGGGGAAGUCACGCUCGGGUUGAACGACAAUACGCGUACACGGGCGCUAUACGAAAUGAUCGAGGCUGAUGGUCGCUUGCAUCUGGUGCCCUCACACAUUCAGCAUCCAGCUGACAUCUUCUUUAUUCGGGUCGCCAUCUGCUAUCAGUUUGUGGAUGAAGAACUGACCCGAACAUCCUUCAAUGUCAUCUCUGAGCUAACCACCAAAAUCUGUCAGGCAGAUGGAACGCCACCGGCCACAUGCAGAUGA